UGUGGGUCACUCUAUUAAUUUCCUGAGAAAAAGCAAAGAAAUUGAACCCAGGAAAAAAAUAUACAAAUAAACUUGUAACUCUGUGAGAAGAAAUAGUCUUGUUGCUUCAAUUAACUGCGAUGGCUUCUUCUUCUUCUUCUUCUUCUUCUCAAGUGAAGUAUGAUGUUUUCCUCAGUUUCAGAGGUGAGGACACUCGAGACAAUUUUACCAGCCACCUCAAUGCAGCUUUGUGUCGGAGAAAGAUUGUUACUUUCAUCGAUGAUCAACUUGUAAGAGGAGAUGGGAUUUCACCAUCUCUUUUGAAUGCGAUUAGUGGAUCAAAGAUUUCAAUCAUCAUUUUCUCGAAAGGUUAUGCUUCUUCUACAUGGUGCCUCCAAGAACUUGUUGAGAUCCUCAAUUGCAAGAGAAUGUACGGUCAGAUUGUGAUUCCAGUGUUCUAUCAUGUAGAUCCAUCAGUUGUAAGGAAGCAAUCAGGGACUUAUGGAGAUGCAUUUGGCCAGCAUGAAGUAAAAUAUAUGGAGGAAAAAGAGAUGUUGCAGAGAUGGAGGAAUGCUUUGACGGAAGCAGCCAAUCUAUCUGGCUUUGAUUCAAAUUCCAUCAGGCCUGAAUCGAAACUUAUAGAGACAAUUAUUGAAUAUAUUCUGGAGAGAUUGAAUGAUAUGUCUUCUAGCAAUAAUAAGAACUUGGUAGGACUUUGGGGUAUGGGUGGUAUAGGCAAGACGACACUUGCUAUUGCAGUCUUCAAUGAAAUCUCAAGUCAGUUUGAAGCUUCGUAUUUUAUACCAAAUAUUAGGGAAGCAUCAAAUAAACAUCAACUACAUCAUUUGCAAAAAGAACUUCUUUUUGCAAUAUUAGAGGAUGCACAUAUCGAUAUAAGACUCACAUUCGUAAAAGAAAGGCUUGGACGUAAAAGAGUUCUUAUUGUUUUUGAUGAUGUGACAAAUUUGAAACAAGUAAGAGAAUUGAUUGGAGAUCUUGAAAACUUGGGUUAUGGAAGUCGAAUCAUUAUAACCACAAGAGAUAAACAAGUGCUAAAAAAUUGUGGAUUGAAUGAUUCUCCCAUAUAUGAGGUCGAAGGAUUAGGUAGUGAUGAAUCCCUUCAACUAUUUAAACAACAUGCUUUCAGACAAAACCAUCCAAUUGAUGAAGUUUACUUGAAGCUUUCAGAAAGAGUCAUAAGUUAUACUAAAGGUUUGCCUUUAGCUCUUGAAAUCUUAGGUUGCUUUCUACUUGGUAGAGAAAAAUAUGAAUGGGAAAGUGCAUUGGAUGAAUUAAAAAAAUCUCCAAAUGAGGUUAUCCAAACGUUGCUUAAGAUCAGUUAUGAUGGAUUAUCUGAUAAAGAGAAGACUCUAUUUUUAGAUAUUGCAUGCUUCUUUAAAGGAUGGGAUAAAUAUUUAGUCGGUACCCUCGGUUCACAUAUUGGAGUAUGUGUUCUUGUUGAUAAAGCUCUUAUAACUAUUUCACACAACACCAUAGGAAUGCAUGAUUCGAUUCAAGAAAUGGGUUGGGAAAUUAUCCGACAAGAGCCUAUCAAUAAACUUGGCCAACGGACUGAUAAAUUAAGAGGUAUGCUCUUUAAUAUGGUUGAAAUGAGAGAAAUACACUUAAAUCCUCAUACUUUCUCAGAAAUGGCUAAUCUAAGAUUCUUGAUAGUGAAUAACUUCGAUUUGAGACACGAUAAUAAGGUUCAUGGUUUUGACAACAUUGAGUUUGAUUUCUCAGAGUUAAGAUGCCUCUGUUGGGAUCAUUCCCCCUUCCCAUCACUGCCUUUGAAAUUUGAUCCUGAUAACCUUGUUGUACUUAAGAUGAAAAACAACAAUCUUGAACAACUUUGGACGGGUAUUAAGAAUCUUGCUCAUUUAAAAUACAUUGACCUAAGUUACUCAAAACAUCUACUUAAAGUCCCAGAUCUCUCAAAGGCUCAAAAUCUAGAGUGCUUGAUUCUAGAAGGCUGUACAAGUUUGUUUGAGAUCACUACUCCUUCUCAGAAUCUGAAUAAACUUGUUAAUUUGAAUCUAAGAAAUUGCAAAAGCCUUACCAGUCUUCCAAAUGGCAUCUGUAAGUCAAAGCUACUGAAAUACCUUCGUAUCUCUGGUUGUUCGAAACUUGAAAGAUUGCCUGAGGACUUACGAAAUUUAGAGAGCUUGGAAGUACUAGAAGCUAUUGGACUAUCUGUAAGAGAACUAUCUUCAAUUAUGUCUGGUUGGCUAGUAAGAGAACUAUCUUCAGUUAUGUCUGGUUGGCUAUCACCUGGUCAAUCAGGUUUGUGGUUUUUAAGAAGAUUAAAUUUGAAUCACUGCAGUCUUACAGAGUUACCCAAUGAUAUUGACAAGCUGUCCUUACUCGAAGAUUUAGAAUUGGAAGGAAAUAAUUUUCAGAGCAUCCCAUCAAACAUCAUGAACCUUUCCAAGUUACAGAUCCUUAACAUAAGGUUUUGUAAUAGGCUUCAAUCCUUACCAAAGCUUCCACGUAAUAUAGAAGAACUUAGGGCAGAUGGUUGCAAAUUGCUAAAAGCAUUAUCAGGUUUCACAAAUCUAAUAAUUCAAAGACAUUCUGGAAGGACAUUGAACUUCUCCAAUUGUGUCAGUUUGUAUUGGAAUACACUCAAAAAAAUUUUGAAUGAUUCUAUGUUGGAUAUGUUCUCAGAUACAUUUUGCCUAUUCAAACAUGAAAAUAAGGGAGCUGGCAAGCCACAAGGUGUUAUGUGUUUCCCUGGAAGUGACAUCCCAGAGUGGUUUAACAUUCAAAGUAGCGGAUCAUCUAUAAAGCUACCGCAAGGUUUAUUCAAUAAGAAGUUUCUGGGUUUGGUCUUUUGUGUCAUUGUUGAAGUUGAAGAUAAUUAUAAUCUAGAUAAUUUCUUGAAUGUUGUGUAUGAGUUGCAAGUGAAAGGCGUUGAUGUAUACAUAACAUGUGAUAAAAAACUUCUUUCACUUGGACCCAUGUAUAUUAAAUCGGAUCAUGUAUUACUUGGAUAUAAUUGUAAUUCAUUGGAUAAUGAACUUUUUGAAUUAUCUUGUGAUAAGGAAGCCAUUAUCUCUUUCAAUCCCAAAAACAAUUUAGAGAAGUUUGGGGUUGGAAUAUAA